AUGACGGAGAUGAGAGAAUUCACCACGAUAGUAACAAAAAUCGAAUGGAACGCGCGAUCGCAGAUCGAGCAGGACGUCGGCAAGGAACUACGAGUUACCGGUCGGAUAACGACGCAGAGCGCCAACCUGGCAGCGGUGUUACGACGGUUCACGGGUCUCGAGGAGAACGUGAUCGAGGUAUGGUCGUCGUUUUUCGCUCGCCGUCGGCCCCGAAACGUUCGGAGCAACGCGAAACGGAAACUAAUCGCGCGACGUUUCGACUGUCGGACACAGCUGGUACGUAUGGAUCGUAAUCGAGAGAACGCAAAGGUGGAGACGCCCGUCGACGUAACGACGGAGAUCGAGAGGGUAGUUGCAGCUGCCGAGAGGAAGAGCGCGGAGGAUCGACGAGAUGCGGGAGAAAAGGACGGGGUCGAAGAGGCGGAACGAGUCGGCGACGGUGCCACGCGGAAUCCUCUGUCGAAAUUCUCGGCUUGCGGACAUCGAGAGACGGGGGCGGUCGUGGCGCGAAAAUCGAUCGACGGUCGUAAUCGAGUCCGUACCAUGCCGGAGGUUCGUCUUCUCGGCGAGUCGCGGCAGACCAAAUAA